AUGGAGAAAGAUCCCAGCUACUACGAGGAGGAGGCCAAGAUGGUGGCGGGUGACAGGCUGGGUGCUGAAGGAACAGAGGCGCAGGCUCACCCCGACUACAACGAGGAGGAGGAGGAGCAGAAAUACUUCCGCCGCAAGCGCCUCGGCGUGGUCAAGAACGUCCUGGCUGCCAGCCUGGCUGGCAUGCUCACCUAUGGCGUCUACCUGGGCCUCCUGCAGAUGCAGCUGAUCCUGCACUAUGAUGAGACCUACCGGGAGGUGAAAUACAGCAACAUCCAACUGGAAGACAUUGACCACAAGGUGCUGAUGGGCAUCAACAUCACCCCUGUCACAGCACUGCUCUACACACCCGUCCUCAUCAGGUUUUUCGGCACCAAGUGGGCCAUGUUCCUCGCAGUGGGGAUCUAUUCCCUCUUCGUCUCCAGCAACUACUGGGAGCGUUACUACACGCUGGUGCCUUCUGCCGUGGCCAUCGGGGUGGCCAUCGUGCCCCUCUGGGCUUCCAUGGGCAACUACAUCACACGGAUGGCCCAGAAGUACUACGAGUACGUCAACUACAAGGAGGACCAAGUGCAGGAGCAGCAGCGGGCGCCACGGGGUGCCUGCAACACCUACAUCAUCAUCUUCCAAACCGUCUUCUACGUCUGCUUCCAUCUCAGCUUCGUCUGCGCUCAGAUGCCCACGCUCUUCUUCCUCAACAACUACCUCUACCAACUCAACCACACGCUCUACGCGGUCAAGCACUGCGGGACCCUGAGCCACGGUACGCUGCCCGGCUUCAACAAGACGGUGCUGCAGAGCCUGCCUCGCAGCGUCAACCUCAUCAUUGUAGAGAGUGCCUUGAUGGCAGCCGCCUUCCUCGCCAUGCUGGUGGUCCUGGUGCUCUGCGGCUCAGCGUAUCGGCCCACGGAGGAGAUCGACCUGCGCAGCAUCGGCUGGGGAAACAUUUUCCAGCUGCCCUUCAAGCACAUGCGGGACUACCGCCUACGCCACCUCUUCCCCUUGUUCACCUACAGUGGCUUCGAGGUGCUCUUCGUCUGCACUGGCUUCUCCUUGAACUACGGCGUGUGCGCCUUGGGGCUGGAGAAGCUGGCGUAUCUCCUCAUGGCCUACGGCUUCUCCGCCUCGGCCUGCUCCAGCCUGGCCCUCUGCGUGUUGCACGUGCGGCGGCAGGUCCCGCUGCUGGCCGGAGCCAUCAUCCAUGCUGCUCUCCUGGUCACUCUCUUUUGCUGGGCACCUGAACCCCGGCACCUGGUCCAGGCACCUCUGCUCUAUGCAAUAGCUGUGCUCUGGGGCACAGGCAGCGCCCUCAACAAGACUAGCAUUAGCAUCCUCCUGGGCAUGCUGUAUGAGGAUAAGGGACGCCAAGACUUCAUCUUCACCAUCUACCACUGGUGGCAGGCUCUGGCAAUCUUCACCGUCUACCUGUGGUCAGGGUUGCCCAUGAAGGCCAAGCUCUCCAUCAUGCUGCUGACGCUGGCGGUGGCAGUGGGGGCCUACCUGUGGAUGGAGCACAAGUUGGCACAUCACGUGGCCUACCGUCUGCCCCGCAUCCCCCGGCCACGCCACAAGAUGCGAGGCUACCGCUACUUGGAAGAGGAUGACUCUGACGAAACUGGCUCCGAGGGCGAUGGUGGCAAGGACGACAACAAUGAACACCCAGCAGAGGCCACCAGCAGGGACGAGCUGCCAAAAAAUGAUGAGAACCAGCUGGGUUAG